AUCAAGGAUAAAACCAACCACCAAUUCAACAAUUGUGGUCAGGAUAAGAGGAGGGCUUUUCUCCUCUCUCUCGCUACUAGACUGCUUCUGAAAAGGCAUGGCUUCUUCUAUCACUCUCCCCAGCCUUCAAGGUUCUUUGCUGCGAUCUCGAUUCCUUGGACAAAACCCCAUUUCCCAUCGUCCUCACAAGUCAGCUUUCCCAGUUGUCAAACAGCCUAAGACCUUUUGUGCUAAGUUUGAUUUGUUUGAAAUCCUGGGAGGUAGGGGACUCUGCAAUGGAGAAAAAGGCCUAGAAGUUGAGCUCAAGAGAAACGUAGAGGAGGCAUCAUCACCUGCUACAAAAGAUGAACAAAGGUCUGGCAGCACGGCAAUCUCAGUUCCAGAAGAUGCUUUUGAAAAGGAGCUGAUGGGGCUAACUGGAGGGUUUCCUGGUGGUGAAAAGGGAUUGAAAAAGUUCGUUGAGGAAAACCCACCUCCAGCAAGGCAGUCAGUUUCAGAUUCAGUAAGUAUUGCUAGACUUGCUGCCACAAAGAAGCCAAAACCACCAGAAUUGCCACUUUUAAUGCCUGGAAUGAUCGCAAUUGUUAAGAAUCCUAACAACCCAUUCUACAUGUACUGCGGUAUUGUGCAGCGGAUCACUGAUGGAAAGGCGGGGGUCCUUUUUGAGGGAGGAAACUGGGACCGGCUGAUCACGUUUCGCCUUGACGAGCUUGAACGCAGAGAAAAGGGCCCCCCAAUGAAGAAUCCCAAGUCUGCUGUUCUUGAAGCUAUGCUAGAGAAGGAUCAAAAGUGAUGAUUCCGUUUUACUUCUCAAUCUCUUGAAUGAAUGAGAAAAGAAGGGGAAAAGUGUCAGGAGCAGAAGCAGAAGCAAUGCAUCAUGCUUGAGGAUUGCUGAUUGUUGCCCAUAGUUUGGCCUGCACAGGGGGAAAUGGGGGACCCUGUUUAUGACAUUCAAAGCUAAAUUCCAAAUUGCAAAUUGACAAAACUGGAGUUCCAGUAUCCCAAUUUCGUGCUAUUGACGCCUUGACCCAUCUCUUCUUCUUUAAGCCAAAUUUACUAUUCGAGAAUUACACUUUGGCCCAAAGGACACUCCCUCCUCACUCACCAAUCAUAUUUCUCCUUCCUAGACCUCCCCUGCCCGGCUUCUAUAUAAACUCACCAUACAUUUAUUUGCUUCCGCACCACUCAUUUUUAUGAUCACUACAAAAAGUGUAACAAAACAAAACCCAUCUUUUUUUUCCUCACCAAAAAAAGAAACGAUGUUCACCUUUUUUCCUUCCUGGCUCCAGAGAGUUUUGUCAGGUGAAAUUUUUGAACUCGUAGAACCCAACAGUGCGUCCAGCUUCAUUUACAGAUAUGGGUUGAGUAAGAAGCAAUCACCAAGCAAGCUGAAGACUUGUUAUGGUGAUUCCUUUUCAAGUUCAAAACCAUUGCUCAAAGUUAAAGAUGACAAGGAUAUGAAGAAGAAAAGCAGCGGCGCCACAGGUUUUGAUGCCAAGGCAACUAUUAGAGUGAAAGUGAGGAUGACAAAGCAAGAAGCUGCUCGGUUGCUCUCAAAAUGCAAAGAUGGAGGGGUUCUUGAAUUCAGAGAUGUAGCUCGUGAGCUUGUCGCCCUUCCCAAGGAUCGUGUUAUUGUCGCGUUCCCUUGCCCUGGUAGCAAUGCAGCGCUUGAUAGCAUCCCCGAAGAGUAUUAGAUAGCGUAUAGCAGAGUAGGUACCGUUAAGAGAAUAUUUCAGUUUUUCAGGUUUCUUGUCAGAAGUUUCAAAGGGAAACUAAUUUGGGCACUGUUUUCUUCUUUCUCUUGAAUGUAAUUUUUGAUCUACUACUAGGAUAGGAAGAAGGUAAAAGUGCCAUGUAAAAUUAUAAGCAACACUUGAUCCAAAUGAAUGGUUUGGAAUUCAUUUACUUAAAAACUCUCUG